CGUUGUGACAGUGAUUGGAUGUUAUCAAACAAGUUAAUUUCAAAUGAAAUUUUGAUGGAACUUUUAAAACAAAGAGGAAUAGUUUUGGUAUUAUUUCUGUAUUAAUAUACAUUUUCUUGUUAUUAUAAAAUGGAUGCCCACAUUUUUCUUGAGGAUGAUUUUCAUUCUCCAACUACAUGUUCUUCUCCAGAUAUGACAUCUGGAGAUGAUCUAUCUGAUUCUUCAACCAAUGUACCUGCGAGUAUUGUAAAUGCUGCUAAUUACAUUACUGUUAAAGAAGGUUGUCAGUCUGCAUUCACUACAGAAGAACUAAAUCUUGCAAUCAACCAAUGCAAGAAAUUAGUACUUGAGAGUGAAGAGUGUUCCGAGGAAAGGAAAUGGUUUGUUAGACGGUUAAUUGAAUUAAGGCAUAGGCUUCAGCAGGCUAAAGAGAGUGAGGAAAUAAAAACUAUCCAGGUUCUGGAAGAGUCAUUUGUGAAGUUAGGUCAUCAUUUUAUAUUUGAGUACUUACCUACAUCAGCUACAAAAAAAUAUUGUGAUAGGUGUUGUGGAACAAUUUGGAAUGUUGUGCAGUCAUAUUACCAGUGCACCGACUGCCAGUAUAAAUGUCAUAUAAAGUGUGCUGAAUCACUAUUUCGGGUUUGUGCACACUUGGUGAUGUCAGAAAAUCCAAAUUAUAUAGAAAAAAUUUGUCCAGAAGUAGGUCUUGAUACUCAAGGAUAUAGAUGUUAUGAGUGCAGCUGCAGAAUUAACUAUAAUGUACCUAAAGGCUAUUAUCCAUAUUUAUUCUCAGAUACUGAUGUUGCUGAGGCUAGGCUAUGUAACUAUAAUGGCCACCACUAUUGCCCUUCUUGCCAUUGGAAUACACCAGCUAUUAUUCCAGCAAGAGUCAUGUUGAAUUGGGAUUUUGAACCUCAAAAAGUUUCUAGAGCUUCAUACCAAUUGAUACGCAUCACCAAAUCUCGCCCUCUCAUUACUCUGGAUGAAAAUCUGUACAAUUUUGUUGACGAGUUAGCAACUAUUAAGAAAAAACGAGAGGAAUUAGGGCUUAUGAAGCAAUACAUUGCUACUUGCCGCCCAUCAUUAGAAAGUGGACUUGUCAUGAGAGAGCUGGAAUGGAGGAAGCAUUUGAUACAUAGCACAACUGUCUUUUCUCUUGAUGACCUGUGUGAUAUAUAUAGUGGAACUUUUCUUUCAAAAAUUGAGGCAAUGCAAGAAGUUUUAAAGAAACAUAUAAAAGAAGAUUGUACAGUGUGUAAAGGAAGAGGAUAUAUCUGUGAAUUAUGUGAUAAUGAUGAGGUGAUAUUUGGAUUUGAUAAAAACACAUACACAUGUCCAAAAUGUGAGAAUGUUUGCCAUAAGACUUGUUGGAAUGACAAGAAAACUUGUAAAAAAUGCCUGCGUCGAGAACAAAAGUUGGAAGUUGAAUAAAAUAAAAAAUUUUGUAUAUAUAAAAAAAUAUAUUUUUCAUGUAUAUGUGUUUCUCUCUACGGAAAACUGAAUUUCUUUUUAGAAAAUUUUAAAUCACAAAUAUUUAAAAUGAUUCAAAUAAAAGAACACAAUCAUGCUUGGCUGCCUUCAAUAAUCAGUUUGGUGAUUUAGUAAUGACAGUUUAAAACAAUAACUGAUUAUAUUGGAUAUAGAUUGCACAAGAUGUUUAACAUCAAAAGUAGAAUAAUGCAGUUGUAAAACUUGAGAAGGAUACGAAUUAUCCAAUGUUAGAUUGGGUGCAUACUUAAGGUAGUCACAUACUCUGCAGUAUCUUAGAGAAAUAUAAAAAUAGUAUUGGGAGCGAGUAGUUACAUGACCGGUAGGGAGUUCUAUUGUGAAUGGUGGUUGAUUUGAAGAGUGUUAUGGCAUGUUAAAAUCAAUAUUGCUGUGUAAUUGAAAAAUAGGUUCAAAACUGUAAAUGGGAACAGCUUGCUUGCCUUUUGGUGUCUCAAAAAUCUCCAAAAAAGAAGAUUUUUUCAAUUAUUGCAAGUACAAGAAAGGACCCAUCAUAAACUGGCUGAAGCGUUGGUCUUGUUUCGAAGUAUUGUAUUUAAUAAAUAUGUGUGGUAUCUUCUAAACACUGGUGCACAAAUAUUUUCCAGUUAGUAGAUUGAUUGAUGUAUAUACACACUUACAGUCUUCCAUCUCACUUUUUAUAGAGUUAAACUAACACAUUGUAAAUAAAUAAAUAAAUUAAUA